AUCCUACACGUAACAACAUCUCUUUAUCCUCUCUGUCAACGAGGUAACCAUCUUCACACACAUUACCAUCCAUCUCUCUCUUACUCUCCUACUCGAUCAGAUCCACCAUGCAGAUUUUCGUCAAGACUCUCACCGGUAAGACUAUCACCCUCGAGGUGGAGUCUUCUGAUACCAUCGACAACGUCAAGUCCAAGAUUCAGGACAAGGAGGGCAUUCCUCCUGACCAGCAGCGUUUGAUCUUUGCUGGCAAGCAGCUUGAGGACGGUCGCACCCUUUCCGACUACAACAUUCAGAAAGAAUCUACCCUCCAUCUUGUCCUCCGUCUCCGUGGCGGUAUGCAAAUCUUCGUCAAGACUCUCACGGGUAAGACCAUCACCCUUGAGGUGGAGUCUUCCGAUACCAUCGACAAUGUCAAGUCCAAAAUCCAGGACAAGGAGGGUAUCCCUCCUGACCAGCAGCGUCUGAUCUUCGCUGGAAAGCAACUCGAGGACGGCCGUACACUCUCCGACUACAACAUUCAGAAAGAAUCCACUCUUCACCUUGUCCUUCGUCUCCGUGGUGGUAUGCAAAUCUUCGUUAAGACUCUGACUGGUAAGACGAUCACGCUGGAGGUUGAAUCGUCCGAUACUAUCGACAACGUCAAGUCCAAAAUCCAAGAUAAAGAAGGCAUUCCUCCCGACCAGCAGCGAUUGAUUUUCGCUGGUAAGCAACUUGAAGAUGGCCGCACUCUCUCUGACUACAACAUCCAGAAGGAAUCAACUCUACACCUUGUCCUCCGUCUGCGUGGUGGUAUGCAGAUUUUCGUCAAGACCUUGACGGGAAAGACUAUCACACUGGAAGUCGAAUCGUCAGACACAAUCGACAACGUCAAGAGCAAGAUCCAGGAUAAGGAGGGUAUCCCACCCGACCAGCAGCGAUUGAUCUUUGCUGGUAAGCAACUUGAAGACGGUCGCACUCUUUCUGAUUACAACAUCCAGAAGGAGUCUACCCUCCACUUGGUGCUCCGACUUCGCGGUGGCAAUUAAGUUUUUUGUUGUUUCAUGUUACUAUUAUGAUGGGAUUGCAUCGGCCUUUAUUCUGGCGUUGGAGGCUUUUUAAACGGGAUUACGAUUCACAAUAUCUUUUUGAUUUCAGAUAGUAGCUUAUCACUACUAGUUCUUU